CUGUGGAAGUGUGCGCCACAGCAGAGCAGGAGCGCGGCAGGUUCAGCAGCAUCUGUCACCGCAGGACCACCACUCUUCCCACUGCAGGACCAACCACUCUUCCCAGUGCAAGAGCCCGACUCUCCCAGUUCCCCAGUCCCGUCAACUCAGCCCCAGGAACCCAGCACCUCUCCGCCGGUGCGCCAGGACCCAGAGGAGCCUUCCCGUUUCCAAGAGGCGACACCAGUCCCCCGGGGGUCGUGAAGUCGCUUGUGUGUGAAACCCUCCGCUAGGGACCCGAAGAGAGAGAGAGAGACCCGACCCAGCCUCACCUCCACCUGGAUAGCCCACUGCAGCGUCCCGGUCCCCCGGAGCUCCAGCGGAGAGACGGUGCGGAGGAGAGCUCAGAGCCGACCGGAGCAGGAGCAGCAGCAGGAGGAGGCAGGAUGAAGCUCAACAGCCAUCUGGUUUUCACCCUCUACACUGUUUACGGGAUUCUUCUUAAAGUGAUGGCUUCAAAAGGCAAAGUUCGAGGCGUCAGCGGUCAGUACCCUCUGGUUCAGAAUAUGACGGUGACAGAGGGUGGCACGGCGAACAUGACCUGCCGCGUGGAGUAUAAUGACAACACCUCCCUCCAGUGGUCAAACCCGGCACAGCAGACCCUCUUUUUCGGGGACAAGAAAGCUUUAAGAGACAACCGGAUUGAGCUGGUGCAUGCGUCCUGGUCGGAGCUGACCAUCAGUGUCAGUGACGUCACGCUGUCGGAUGAAGGCAUGUACACCUGUUCCCUCUUCACCAUGCCCGUCAGAACGGCCAAGGCCUACCUGACAGUUCUCGGUGUGCCCGAGAAGCCCGAGAUCGAUGGCCUGACGAAGCCCGCCCUGGAGGGAGACCACAUCACCCUGACCUGCAUCACUCAGGGCAGCAAGCCCGCCGCCGACCUGCGCUGGUUCAGGAAUGAGAAGGAGGUCAAAGGUGCCAAAGAGGUGAAUGCAAGUGGGAAGACAUUUACAGUACGGAGCUCUCUCCAGAUGUACGUGGACAGAAAGGACGAUGGAGUGGCCUACACCUGCAAAGUGGACCACGUGGCACUCACACAGACACCGCAGCAGGCCACUGAAGUACUGGAGGUCCACUAUCCUCCUCGUGUGGAUAUCCACCCCUCCCUUACAGUUACUCAGGAGGGUCAGUACUUGAAGUUGGAGUGCGUGUCCAAUGGAAACCCUUCGCCAGAUCCUGUGACGUGGACAAAAGACGGGGGUGAAAUUCCUGACCUGGACAGGAUGAUUGUAGAGGGGAGGGAGCUCACCUUUACCUCACUCAACAAGACAGACAAUGGCACCUACCGCUGCGAGGCCGCCAACCACCUCGGGAACAGCCGUGCUGAAUAUGUCCUCUACGUCUAUGACGCCCCCACCACCUCGCCUCAAUCCACCACUCCCCCCCUACAUCCCAUCCCUCCAGAUACUACUGAACUAUUAGGCACCUACGCCUCAGACCCCACAGUCAUUGGCAACAGAGAUCCCAACGCUCUGGGGCAGCACGGCACGGACCAUGCAUUGAUCGGAGGAGUGGUGGCCGUCGUGGUCUUCGUCACCUUGUGUUUAAUCAUUGUUCUGGGAAGAUACCUGGCCAGGCAUAAAGGAACAUACUUGACAAACGAAGCCAAAGGAGCGGACGAUGCGCCCGACGCCGACACAGCCAUCAUCAACGCCGAGGGCAACCAUGCACACGCAGAAGAAAAGAAAGAAUACUUCAUUUAGACUGCAGGGGGAGCUAUGCAGCUCUCUCCUUCUCCCUCUUCUCCUCUUUCGGUCUCUGUAUCUCUUUUUCUCUCUUUCUGUCUCGGCCCCGUUUCUUCUUCUCCACCUCUGACCACUGCCCCGUCGCGACCACCAGGAACCUGCAGGCAGUCCACGGAUAGAGAAGUUCCCCGAGUGUUGUUGCCUCUUUUUGUUAAGCCCAUUUCCUUCACUUACACCUCGUCCUUUAUUUCUUCCUCUCGUAUUCCGUUUCUUUCGACAGCCAGUUUUCACAGGCAGCUCCACCGUCGCUGCCGAAGUUUUGCCCUUUGUCACAUGUUUCCUCAUCGUUUGACAUGAGUUCCUGGAAAUCUGUGUAUCUGCCAUGACUGCUUCUUGCGUGUCCCCUCGUACGUCCUUCCCUCCCAGGCAGACAUCCGAACACACACACAAAAUCCUCUUUGUUCACACGCACACACACACACGCACACACACAC